AUGGCCACCCAGACCCGGUUCCAAAGAGGAGAUUCCACAAAGCAAGUAGGUGUCACUGUCGAGCAGCUCUUCUUCCCAGGCUCAGAGGAGCUCCGCCUCGGAGGGAAGGCCAACUUCCUCCGGAUAGAAGACCUCCUCCGCCCAGUUUGCUGCAGUAAGAGACAUUUGGGCGUCGCCAUGGAGGACUUCGACCUGGCUGCAGCAUUGGGACCAGAGCCUGCGGCACCACAUCCUGCUCCUGCCCACCAGGAAGUGAAGGUCGGGGAGCACAAGGCCGACACCCCGGUCCCACUGCCACACCAUCCUACAGAUCCCAAAGGCCCAGGACAGAGCCAUAAGGAUGGAACCAGUGCACACUCCUCUUCCUCCUCUUCGAGCAGCAGCUCCUCCUCCAGUGACAAUGAACGGGGCGACAAGGGCCUUGGUACUGACCAGAAGAAAAAACAGAAGAAGCUCAAAAAGGACAAGAAGCACAAGGUAGCCAAGAAGAAGAAGAAGAAACAUUGACUUGCAUAUCUCCCACUUCACCGCCAUCCCAUUCCAUUCUACUCUUGCGGCAGCAAGGGAAAUAAGGCUGAGUUGCCCGAUGUUGGCCAAGCACACCCUUCUGCUUUACUGGACUUUGCCAUGCUGUAACUGGUAAUAAAAGGCCUGCAUCAACGUUGCAGUGAAACAUACAGCAAUUUGUGAAGCUGGGCCUCCAAAAGAGGUGCUGCUUUCAAGCUGGUAAAGUGUGAAUGUGUGCACCUGAGCAUGCUUCCUCCCACAAAUUCUGCUCUAUUUAGCAACUUCUAAGAGGAAUUACGGAUCAUGCCAAAGCACCACGUGAAAGACACCAAGGAGCCCCAUCUCAGGGGGAAUCUCUUCUCCAGCCUGUUCUUGCAACAAGUAGUGAGGUUUAGAGACGAUAAUGUUGGUCUGCUUUGUGACUAAAAUAAAACUGAUCUGAUGCUCUUUAAA